CCUAGUGUCUGAUUAGAGCGUAUAGGUGUCCCAUAUUCGCUACAUUUGUUAAUAGAAUUCAUUUAUUUUGUAUUCGUCAUGUUUGCAUUGGAAUAAUUUUCCUCUAGUGAAUAAACAUCUGAAGAGUAGUUAUAAGUAUCUUGGCUUAUAGACGCAUCUGAAGACAAAUUGACAGGAUGACGAACAACGGCAAUGGUGGUAGUUUGCAGCAAAACGAAAUAAAAAUCGAUCAGCCACAGGAAUUAUGUUUUGAGAAAUGUCCAGAAAGUAGUGAGGAGCAACAAAAACGUUUGGAAAUCGAACGAUUACUGCAGGAAUACAAAGGUUGCAUACCCAUACAAAAGCUUCAAGAGGUUGCACGUUCAGAUCAUGGGUUAGUUACAGAUGAACUGCGACGUUUAUUGUGGCCACAGUUGGCUGGUGUGGAUACAUCAAAUUUGGAGCCUGCACCCAGUCUUAGUGAUUUAACGACACAUCCCGAAUACCAACAAGUGGUGCUUGAUGUGAAUAGAUCGCUUAAGCGUUUCCCGCCUGGCAUUCCAUAUGAACAACGUAUAGCAUUACAAGAUCAAUUGACUGUUUUAAUACUGCGUGUGAUAAAGAAAUAUCCUAAUUUGCGUUACUAUCAAGGCUACCACGAUGUAGCUGUGACAUUUUUGUUGGUCGUCGGCGAGGAGGUUGCAUUUGCGGUUAUGGAAGAGCUAUCGACCAAUCAUUUUUCAGAAUGUAUGCAGGAAACAAUGGAUGCUACGCAAAAACGGCUUAUGUUCAUAUGGCCAUUAGUCGAUUUUGAAAAUCCUCAAUUGUUCCAAUUUUUACAAGAAUCUGCAGUAGGUACACUAUUUGCAUUGCCCUGGUAUCUUACCUGGUUUGGACACAGUUUGAAUUCGUAUAAGGAUGUGGUGCGACUAUAUGAUUACUUCUUGGCAUCACCCAUUUAUAUGCCAAUAUUUGUGACUGCUGCCAUCAUAUUGCAUCGUGUAGAAGACAUUUUGAAGGUCGAUUGUGAUAUGGCCUCAGUGCACUGCAUUCUGUCCAAGCUUCCCGAUAACCUGCCUUUUGAAGAGCUUUUAAAAACAUCGAGUAUUUUGUAUGAUAAAUAUUCGUUGACAGUAAUUGAAAAACAUGUUGAGGAGUUAGUAAGGAGAGAAAAACUUCAACGGCAGUUAGAGGAGCAGCGUAUUCAAGAGCGUCGCAAGAAACUGGCCCGCAGCGCUCGUGCCGGUAAUAAUGUGUUAGCGCGAUGGUUACCGCAAGUACUCACUCCAAAAUCAAUGAUAGUAACGACAGCGUUCUCCAUUCUGGUUGGCAUUUGUGCGUACUACUACAAAAAUCAGUAUCUGUCGGCGGGAGUUAGUUGAGUAAGCAUUUACAUGCAGCCAAGCCAAAACCAUGCGCUGCGGCAUGCGACAACCCCCAUUUGUAACUGGAUGAUCGGCUUUUCAUUUUACUAAAUGCAAAAAAUAUUGUAAUAAAAAAUUUUAACCAUUCAUAUCCAUGGCUGGAAAAAUACGUUCACUACAUUAUACUAUAAGUUUUUCAUUGCUCUUCUAAGCUGGAAUUUUAAGGGUACUUUUUUGGUUUCAUAGUAGUUAAUUUAUGUAUAUUGAUAAGAAUAUUGUUAUGCAUUGUAUUUGUUAUUUACGAAUGGCUUUAAGUGAUUAAGAGCAUCACAUCUAGUAUGAAGCGGUGCACUAGCUGUAUCUAUCCACAUUCAUUACCAUAUAUACUCAUAUAAGUCCAAUGUAUUUAUACAACACGCAUAUGUUGCAAUGUAAAUUUUAAUCGAAGUUUAAUGUGAAUAUAAUAAAUUAAAAGGCAAUGUUAGAUUUCACAAA